UUGGAAUUUUUUUCACUAUUUAUAGCAACUGAAACUUUUUAUUUCAAAAUGGACUCCAUUACAAGCUCACAAACUAAAACAGCCAUACAACACAUAUCAGAGUCAGUGUUUGUUGGACUUUGUCGUAAAUUAGGGACUGCGGAACUUGUGUCCAUGAAGAGAGAUGUGAUGGACAUCAGUGAGAUAGUGAGAAAUCAAGGGAAAUCAAGUGUUGGGAAAAGUUUGAUGCUGAGUGGAAGUCACAAAGAAGGAUUCAGACUGGAGGGAUCAGACGUCGACUUUAUGUUGUGGCCAAAUGAUCAUCACGUCAUCUGGGAAUUAUCUCAGUCUCAGUAUUUCAACACACACAGAAAAACAUUGAUCCUCUGUGACUGUUCUGAGAGUCCACCAGGAUUCACUUUGUUAUAUUUAUUGUCACCAAGCAUGGACAGAGACAUCCAAAGAGUUUGUGUUAAAAUGAAUAACAGACAUUAUAUAUCUAGUUCUAAACAUAGACAGAAUUUUUUAUCUGAAUCAUCAUUUAACUCCACUCUACAUGGACCCUGUGCCAGUAGAACAAUUGGAACACACGAAUUUGAUAAUGCCCUAUGUUUUAUCAGUGCCUUUUGGCCUCCACCCGCCUCCUCAUGGAUAGACAGAUGUCACUCAUGGCCCCAGCCUCAUAUUGUUGAGGAUAUAGUGAAAAACGGAUGUCACUUUGUAGCAAUAGGACAUAAGCUAGGAAGACAUGAAGACCAUGAAUGGCGAAUUUCUUUCUCUCUGGCAGAACAAAAACUUGUGUAUACAUUGAGCCACUGUCAAUUCUUAACUUAUGGCUUACUUAAACUAUUCCUAACUGAAAUAAUUAACAAUGGACUCAAUGAUGAUGAUAAACUAAUGUGUUCCUAUCACAUGAAGACAGCAGUUUUCUGGGUGAUUCAAAAAAACAUUAUAUCUCACUGGUGUCCACAAAAUCUCCUGGAGAGUUUUUGGGUCUGUUUUAAACUCAUCCUCAAAUGGGUGUAUGAGGGGGUCUGUCCUAACUUUUUUAUUCCAGAAAACAACAUGUCUCUGAGUAAAAUUCAUGGUGAAAAACAACAGCAACUAUUCAUUAGACUGUAUGGGUUGUAUGAGAAAGGUUUAGCAUUCCUGCUACACAGUCCCUCCAUUAGAUCGUAUAUUAUAAAUGUCUUUCAUAACCCAAGACUCUCCAUCUGUACAGAUGAACAUACUCUGAUUUCUGAGACUGAAUUUGACGGGACCCUUUAUUAUGAAAUACUACGCAAUGACACAAUACAGAAAUUAGACAUACGAAGUUGUACUAAAUACUUACAUACUAUAAAUCAGAUGAUAGGUUCACCCCUCCUGACACAGUAUCAAGUCCUCAAACUACAGAAACUUACAGCUGAUGUCCUUCAGGAAACAGCCUUUAUAUUACACAUGAAAACUUACACACAUAAAAACAAACUGAGGUAUAAAUCUGACAAAAUCUCCUAUCACAUUCUUAAAUUAGCAGCAAAGUUUGGUUGUAUAACUGACAUGCUCUACAACACUAUGUAUUAUUACAAGAAACUGAGAUGCAUGGAAGCUUUAUCUAUUAUAGAGAUGAUCAAGGUCAAGUUAGCACAGCGAUAUGUGAUGCAUUGGUCAUUUGUAGAUGCGGAGAGGUACACUGUGUGUGUGUGGGGACAGUCCUGGUCUACAAAGAUAAGACAGGCUGUAGUAGGGAAUAUUGAACUUCACAAUGAAAUCCAUUACAUCAAUGAAUUGAUACCAGAACAACAGUCUGCUCUACAGAAUAAUAAGACUACAUUAUUCAUUCCACCCUUUGUACUGUUAUACAUGCUAGAGAUUUUGUGCUACAGACAUGUAGACACAAUAAGAGCACAAACAGCUCUAGAUGAUCUACAGAUCCUAGUUCACUAUGAUCAGCGACAGUUUAUACCUUUAUGUUUCAGAGAUAUAUCAUGGCAGAUUCUGGGGAUCUGUCAACAGGUGACAGGGAACCUCCAGGCUGCUCUAUACUCAUACCAACAAUCUCUCAAACAAGAACAGUACCAUUAUAUACAAACAGCUACACAAAUGAGAAUAAUGGAAAUUUGUCAAUUGAAUGCCUCAAUUUCUUAAAUAUCAGAAAUGUGUAGAAAUUCACCAGAUAUAAAUCAUCAUUUACAUAUUAUCCUCAUUUGAUUUCAUAUUUUCUUUUCUGUCUGUUUUAUAACAUGCAUUAUAAAACUACUUAAAGUCGAGAGAAUUUUAGAUUCAAUAUCUUGGGAUCAUAUUGAAUUCUCAGUUCACAAUAUAUUUAAGAGUAUGCUUUGAAACAUUCUGAAUAGGAGUGUUCAAUAUCAAAAACAUGCACCCUUUGUAAAAAAAAUCUGUCAACUACUCAAUGGCAAACCGUAUUGUGACAUCACAGCAGUGGGAUAUGAAAAAAUAUUGAAAAAAGUUUUACCCAUUGGGAUAAAGGGGUAAAUAUGUGAUAACAAG